CACACACGCUUAACCUCUCUCUAUAUAUAGUCCCACUACACCCAUCAUACCUCUCAUCUCAACUUCCUAUCUAUCUAUCAUCCUAUGUUUACCUUGGAACUAAGUACCACCACUACUAGUCCCACUAGCUACAACAACUUGAUUCUCAUCCUCUAGUUACACAACUUUGAUAGUAUCUAAACUUCCAAGAAACCCAUUUCUUCUAUACACAAAUCCUCUCUCUCUCUCUCUCUCUCUCUCUCUCUCUUCCUUUUUCUCUUAACAAAACACAAUCUCUCUCUCUACACACACACACACACGCACCAACAUAUAACUUUCACUAUGCCUUCAAGACUCUCAGAUGCCUUUAAAGCCCAUCCUGUUCAGCUACACCCCAAACACCAAGACUUUAACUCACUACAAGAACUACCUGACUCGUACAAAUGGACACAACUAGACGAGUACCCUUCUUGUGAAUCAUAUAGCUCAGAGUCAGUGCCACUCAUCGAUGUUACUGACCCAAAUGCCCAUACACUCAUAGGCCAUGCAUGCAAAACUUGGGGUGUGUUCCAAGUUACAAACCAUGGCAUCCCAACAAAACUUCUUGAUGACAUUGAGAGUGUUAGUAGAUGCCUUUUCUCACUACCCCAACAGCAAAAGCUCAAAGCAGCUCGUUCCCCAGAUGGUGUUUCAGGCUAUGGACUAGCUCGGAUUUCUUCCUUUUUCCCAAAGCUCAUGUGGUCCGAGGGCUUCACUAUUGUAGGGUCUCCACUUGAACAUUUUCGCCAACUUUGGCCCCAAGAAUACAGCAAAUUCUGUGACAUAAUUGAAGAAUAUGAGAAAGAGAUGAAAAAGCUUGCAGGGAGACUUAUGUGGCUAAUCUUGGGCUCAUUGGGUAUAUGCAAUGAAGAUAUCAAAUGGGCUGGCCCAAAAGGUGAAUUCAAUGAAGCAAGUGCUGCUUUGCAAUUGAAUUCUUACCCCGCUUGUCCAGAUCCGGAUCAGGCCAUGGGUCUAGCAGCCCACACUGACUCAACCUUGCUCACAAUUCUCCACCAAAACAACACCAGUGGCUUGCAGGUCCUCCGGGAGGGAACUGGGUGGGUCACGGUGGAACCACUUCAGGGUGCACUGGUGGUCAACAUAGGUGACCUUCUUCACAUAUUAUCAAACGGGUUGUACCCGAGUGUGCUCCACCGGGCGAUGGUGAACCGGACCCGUUAUCGUUUAUCAGUGGCCUACCUCUAUGGGCCCCCAGCCAGUGUCCAAAUCUCUCCACUCUCAAAACUAUUAGGCCCAAGUCACCCUCCACUCUAUAGGCCAGUCACUUGGAAUGAGUACCUUGGCACCAAGGCAAAGCAUUUCAAUCAGGCACUUUCAUCUGUCCGGCUUUGUGUUCCUCUUAAUGGAUUGGUUGAUGUAAAUGAUCACAAUAGAGUACAAGUUGGCUAGAACUUAAUUUUCAAUUAUUUAGUAUUUUAUUCAUUUUGGUCUUC